AGUGUUUAAGAAUUGAAAGAGAUGAAUUGUUGCUGUAUUUCUGCUUAAUGGUUCAGAUCACGGUGAAGAUGAUGUUAAUCAGUGGCUCUGUGCUGCUUCUGCUGGCUUUUCCAGCCGUCAUCUCUGAAGUUGUAGACUUCAGUGAGUGUAGCGAGUUUUUCUUUGAAGGAAAGUCUCCAGUGAUUCCUGGCGUUCUGGAGAAUUCACUUUCCCAGGAUAAUCGAUACAAAACGAUCUGUCAAAAAUAUGAGAACAGUUACAGAUUUGCGACACUCUUCGACACAACAAACAAGGUUCCAGUUUUCUCAGCCUACAAAUUCACUGCGGCUGCACAAAUCUCAAGACUACGAGAUGGAUGGAUGAUUGAGCUUCAGCUCGAACUCUUCAAUGACGGGAUGGGCGUGCCAUAUGCAAAUCAAGCCAUAGAUGAAGACUACUUCUAUAAUAACCAGAAUGUGGGUCGCGGUCAUUUGUUUCCCAGCUGUCAUUCACCUGAUAAGGUCUUCGCUCAAUCUACAUUCACAUUGACCAACACUGUGCCACAAAAGGAAAGCUUCAAUAGCGGCAGCUGGAAUCGCAUGGAAAUAGAGACUAAAGAUUUGAUGGGUAAAUACUGCGUCGAUGAAAUGGAUCAAAAUAAAGUUUUGGCCCAUGUGUUGACAGGAGCUGUGCCUGGCAACAAUAAACUAAAUGAGAGAGUGAACAUUCCAUCAUUCAUGUGGAUGACAUUCUGCUGCUAUAACAACUCCAGUCAGUCGUGGAUCUCUCAAGCUUACUGGGCUCCAAAUGAAGAUGAAAACAAAGCAGACAACAUCACAAUUGCUGAAAGAAGCCUGCAAGAAUUACAGGAAUUUCUGAGUACAAAAUGGGUGAAAAUCACACAACUAUUUGACAACAGCUGCACAAAAUGAAGAUGCACUCAGAAUACUUGAAAUGACCGUUCGUUGUCGGUCUAAGCAUUUUAUAGCUCUAUAUCUAUUUUGGCAAAGUUUACCCAUAUAUACAGUAGUAUCUAGUAUCCAUAUAUAAUAUGCUGUAAA